GAGUGUUGCUCAAAUGUUGUGGCACUCAUUGCCUAUCCAUGGUCAAUGUAAUAUCAAAUCCUGAGCUUUAGGAGUUCAACUAAAGGAAAAAACAAUGGCCGUCUAUACUAGUCCCUGAUAUUAAGGGCCUUUUUUUAGAUCCAUUGGCACCAAAAUCUUCUCUCUGGACAAGUAUAUAAAUGCUUCUUUUGACUCCUCAAAGAACAAAAGAUCAUUCCCCAUUUGAGGAUUUGCACGAUGAUGCAUUCAAAUCAAAUCCUUCUCCCUUUUGCAGUCUUCAUCUUCAUCUUCAUCUUAUGCUUCUCUCCUUCCUCUGCACACAACAAGACCCACACUCCUUCAACCCCUACUCCCAAUCCCCCUCCUACUUCCAAUCCCACACCUGAUCCUUCUUCAUCUGUAAGCUACAAAGGUGCCUUCUCCAAGGUUUAUGCUUUUGGAGACUCCUACACCGACACUGGGAAUGCCCGCUUGUUGGGUGGUCUCACCUCCUUCAUUGGUGCUCUAAUGAGAAACUCCCCCUACUGCUCCUCCAGCUCCAGCAGUGGGCUCCAGAAUCGAUUAUCUGAUGGCAAGCUGGUCAUUGACUACCUCUGUGAAGCUCUAUCCCUUCCUUACUUGCCACCCUACAAAGACACUUCUUUAGACUUCUCCCAUGGUGUCAAUUUUGCAGUAGCUGGCUCUACAGCUCUUUCAACUGACUAUUAUAUAAACAACAGAGUUGGUCAGACCCUUGUUUGGAAAGACAUACCUCAGACUGUGCAGACUCAAGUAAACUGGUUUAACAAGUUUCUCCUAAAUAUAGAAUGUAAUGGAAUGAAUCACCAAGCAUGUAAGGGUCAGCUGGAGAAUUCGCUCUUCUGGGUUGGUGAGCUGGGCAUGUAUGACUAUUCUCGUACUUAUGGAUCUUCUGUUUCCAUCAAGUGGCUCAUAGAUUUAUCAGUUAGUAGUACCUGCAGGCUUGUGAAGACAUUGUUGGACAGGGGUGCAAAGUACAUUGUGGUUCAAAGCCUUCCACCGACUGGGUGCCUCCCCUUUGACAUUUCAUUAUCCCCAGUAAGUGAUCACGAUAAUCUUGGGUGUGCUGAUACUGCAAACACGGUCACACAAACCCACAAUGAACUCCUUCAGGCCAAGUUGGCAGAACAACAGAAGCAGUACCCUGACAGCAUUAUUGCAUAUGCUGAUAUUUGGAAUGCAUACUACACAGUACUGAAAAAUCCCAUUCAGUUCGGAUUUUCAGAGCCUUUCAAGGCAUGCUGUGGAUGUGGGAAAGGAGAGCUCAACUUUGACUUGCGUUCGUUGUGUGGUGCACGCAACACAAGAGUCUGCAGUGACCCCAGCAAGCACAUCACCUGGGAUGGGGUUCACCUCACAGAAGCCAUGCAUCAUGUUUUAGCUGAUCUCUUGUUAAAUAAAGGUUACUGUAAACCAUCAUUCGAUCAGCUAGUUAAGAAGAAAAGAAGUUGCACAGCUAACUAGCUUUAAGUUAGAAUUUGCCAGGCUCAUUUUAAUAGAGUGUACGCCGCAUUCAGACAGCUAACAUAUAUGUUUUGUUUCAGGA